CAAAGGCUGACACGAAGAGUAAAGAUCGAUCAAACCCGGCCAACAACAAGAGACCCUUCUUUCCUUCAUUCUCUCUUUCUCUCUCUAUUCAAUUGUGUGUUCAUCACGUUUACUUUCCUUUUCUCUCUCUAAAAGCUUGCGUUUUGUGGGGAUCAUCGAUCGGAAGAUCAGUGAUAGUAGAUCACUUUCUUGAAGGAGACAGAUAUGGCUAAUAAUGCUGCUGCUUGUGUGGAAAGGGCAACUAGUGAUAUGUUGAUUGGUCCAGAUUGGGCAAUUAACAUUGAGCUAUGUGAUAUCAUAAACAUGGAUCCUGGGCAAGCAAAAGAUGCCCUGAAGCUGUUGAAGAAACGUUUGACCAGCAAGAGUCCUAAAACCCAACUCCUUGCUCUUUUUGUAUUGGAGACACUGAGUAAAAAUUGCGGGGAGCAUGUUUUUCAGCAAAUUGUUGAGCGAGAUAUCUUACAUGAGAUGGUGAAGAUAGUAAAGAAGAAGCCAGAUUUAAGUGUAAGAGAAAAGAUAUUGAUUUUGAUUGAUACCUGGCAAGAAGCUUUAGGAGGGUCAAGAGGAAGAUUUCCCCAAUACUAUGGUGCAUUCAAUGAACUGAGGGCUACUGGAGUGGAAUUUCCUCCACGAGAAGAGAACACUGUGCCAAUAUUUACUCCACCACAGACCCAACCAAUUAGUCACCCUCCUCCUGCAGCUUACCCUCACUCAUCAUAUGAAGAAGCUGCUGUUCAGGCCUCUCUUCAGACUGAUAUUGCUGGAAUGAGCUUGUCUGAGAUUCAGAAUGCUGAGGGAUUGGCAGAUGUUCUGAUGGAAAUGCUCAGUGCCUUGAAUCCAAUGAAUCAUCAGGAUCUGAAGCAAGAGGUUAUUGUUGACCUUGUUGAACAGUGUCAGUCUGACCAAAAACGGGUUAUGAACCUUGUUAACAAUACCACAGAUGAAGAGCUUCUAGUUAAAGGCUUGGCUUUAAACGAUAACCUACAAAGGGUCCUUACUAAGUAUGAACACAUGACAAAAGGAAUCCCUGUUUCAGAACCAACACAACAAAUACCAGUUCCACUCCUUAUGACUGUGAAUCAUGAUGAUGACGAGACCGAAGAUGAUUUUACUCAACUAUCACACAGAUCAUCGUCCAGAGAUAAUGGACUGGGAAAAAAACCAGCCAAUGGGACUGGCGUCAGUUCUCUUCUUCCACCUCCCCCUUCAUCCAAAAACUCGAGUGUUGAUCCUCAAAAAACAGUUGAUUUUCUGAGCGGCGAUUCCUACAUUUCGGGUAAAACUGUUGGAUCCUCCAAUUCUACUACAACUCCUCCAACCAGUAGUCGCCCUCUCACAUCACCAGUUCCGAACCUAUCACCACCACCACCACCUGAUACAGACGAUUUCAUAAAUCCUACUGCAUCAAUGUUCACAGGAAAGCCUGCAUACGAAGAACCAGCUCUUCCUCCAGCUCCAUGGGAUGUUCCCUCUACUGCAACCGCCAUUCCUCCACCUCCUUCUAAGUAUAACCAGAGGCAGCAAUUCUUCGAGCAGCAACAAGGCUUUUCUAGCGGUUCAGGUUCUUACGAUGGCUUGGUUGAGCAGACUCAGAAAAUGAACCUGAAGCCAUCUAUCACAACUAAACAAGAAAAGCCAGAGGACGCACUUUUCAAAGAUCUGGUUGAUUUUGCUAAGGCCAAGUCCUCUUCACCAUCCAAAGGCAACAGGUCUUAUUAAUGAAUAUUCUUUUUGUUUGUUCGAGUUUGAGAAUUAUUGUACUCUGAUAAACUUUGUUGUUAAGGUUGGUCAUUGUCAACUAUAUUAACAAUUCUAGUUUUUCAAUAUUACUGGGAGUAUUGGUUUGCUUUGA